GUGGUGUGUUGCUGAGCAGCAGCCAGUCGUGUUUUUCCCCUCGCCGAGCUCACUCUCUCUCAUCCUCUGACUCUCCGCGCGCUCUCUGGCUCAAGUGGACAGUCCAGACCUCUCCUGUCUUUCUCCUCUUCUUCAUUCCUUUGUCUGUUAUUUCUUUGCAUCUUUUCCCUUUAUCUGUUUUAUUGUUUUAACAUUUCCUCCUCUUUCAAGCCCCCAUGUGCCAGGGGCAUUAGUGGGGGUCCCAGAGAGAGUGUGAGAGUGUGUAUGAGUGUGAGUGUGAGGUUUCGGCAUGGAAGCGGUGGCACUUUACACGUUUCGUGCCACAGAGGGUGAUGAACUCAGUUUUAACAAGGGAGACUUGCUAAAGAUCACCAACAUGGAGGAUGAUCCUAACUGGUACACAGCUGAGCUCCAUAAUAGGAAAGGCUUUGUGCCAAAAAACUACAUCAACCUGCGGCCACACGCCUGGUUUGCCGGUCGUAUAUCUCGCGGUGUGGCAGAAAGUCGACUGAAACACAGGGAGUGCGGGGCUUUUCUGGUCCGAGAGAGUGAGAGCGCCCCUGGAGAGUUCUCCAUGUCCGUCAGUUAUGGGGACCAUGUUCAGCACUUCAAGGUGCUGCAGGACCGCAGCUGUCAGUACUACGUGUGGGACGAGCUCUUCUCCUCUCUCAACGAGCUGGUGGAGUUCUACCAUAGCAACAGUAUCGCUAAGGAGAGGACCGUCUUUCUGAGAGACCCCGAGCACUUCGCCAGGCGUCCCCAUCAUGCCCACGCUCUCUUCGACUUCACCCCCCACCACCCGUCGCAGCUACGCUUCCUGCGCGGUGAUGUCAUCGAACUCAUGGACUGCUCUGAUUCGCAGCGCUGGAGGGGCCGUUGCCAUGGACACGUGGGCCACUUCCCCCCGGAGUACGUCCAGCCCAUUUACCACUGCCAAUGACGUGACGUGUCAAUCAAACACAAACGCUCCCAAGGUGUCAUAAAAGGUCUUAACCCCGCCCCCUCACACCGCUCACCUGCUGUGUCCAAUCACUGACGAGGAACAACUGAACUGCUCAUUAUGUCACAGAUUCCUUCCAUUUCCCCUGUGAUGCCACCUGUCAAUCACAAGCCUCGUCCAAUCAGCUGCUACGAGCUCAUCAAUCACUUCCACCUGAUCCCACAACUAAUCUUAUAUAUACAAAAAAGAAGAUUUGGACCUAUACACUCAGGAUUUGCUCCAGUGGUUGGCACCAUUCCCAUGAAGAGAUCUAGCAGAGAGUCACAGAGGGACAUUGUGUUGGGAAUAUUUGGGCCACACACUCUGAGGAUACUCACAAAGCCCUCUCUCGCUGUGCAGGAGUGUGUGUGUGUGUGUGUGUGUGUGUGUGUGUGUGUGUGUGUGUGUGUGUGUGUGUGUGUGUGAAACGUGGGUCUAAACACAUAGAAACCUGCAAACUUUAAGUAUGUUUACCGUGUGCUAAAGGGAAAGUGAAUGCAUGUGUGUAUGAGUUAGUGUGUGUGGAGCAGUGAAGGUUACUGAGUGACAUGAAGACACUUUGUUUAAAAUACACAGCUUCAAAUGUACUAUGCUCAAUUAGUUUAUGAAUCAUUUGUUUGUUUGUUUGUAUUUAUUCUUAUUCAUGUGUAAUCUUAGAAUACAUAUAUUACAAGUAAGAUUAAACAUUGUAAAAAAGGUUUUGUUUCUGUUGCAACAAAUAGUUGUUAUGUGAUUUACGGUAACAACUUGGACCGAUCUUCCUUAACAUGUAAUGACAAAUCAUUUCAAUAAAGUGAUUACAUUUACCUCUUUAAA